AUGCACAUGAUUUUUGUUGAUGUCAGCAUGAUGCAGUAAGUCCAUCAGUGAACAGAAAACCAGUUUGGAUCAAAUCAUGGUGUGGAGAAGAAAGAGAAAAAAUGGCAUCAAGAAGGAUCAGCUAACGGGGCAGAAAGGGCAUCAGAACUAGGUGAAUGUUUUACAUAGUGAGGGUCUCCUCCCACCCACCAUGCCUGAUAAUUUGCUUGGCUACUUUGAAUGGUUAAUUCUUACGCAAGUAUCAAAACUGAUGGACAUUCAGCACAAACCUAAAUAGACUGAGUGAAUAUUAAUAACCAGUUUUAUAUAUUCAGUUUCUUUUUCUACUUGGGGAAGUAUGUUUGGGCAGCAUUAUAUGCGUGUGUGGCUAAUCUUAACGGGUAAGUGCUAAUCUUAACCAAAUGCUAAAGGUACCACCGACAUGGUGUGAACGAGUGGAAUUGAAAAACAGGGUGCCAUGAAAUGGCAAAUGAAAGGUGGAAAGGUGAGAGAACAUGCACAUGGAAAUGUCUGUCACUUAUGGUUGUUGGCCAUUCUGUUUUGCUGAACUUGCUAAGGAUCCUUGGGAGCAGCGACACAAUAAUUAAAUCUAGGACUAUGGUUUAAGAGCCGUCUCUCUUGCAAGGAGGAGCCUGUGAAUGUUCUCCACUGCCUGCUUCCACCUUCUUUGUUUCUCUGAUCUACUCCAGUCCCCUGUAGUGCUUAGCAUGGCCUAUUGCUUAGCAGGGGCAGCCAUCAUAGCCCCCACCCCAUGACUUUGGCCCAAUCACAUAAAAUACUGCGGGGCCCUUCAAGCAUGUGGUGGUUGUUUUUUAAUGCCUGCAAAUUUCCCUCCACACAAAUCCAGUAAUCAGCACGGGGAGAAAGGAUUUUUAAAGAAUUCCCUCCAGGCGCUGAUCCAAAUCCUUUUCUCCUUCAGCUGCCUUUUAAAUGGGGAAAGAAUGGGAAACAGAAAGGCCAGAGUUGGAGAGUUGAGUUGUGUGUAGUUGAAGGUAGAAGCAAGGCUGCAGGUUAGGCAGCUGAGAGCCAUGCCGGAUUUCUGCUGGAAUCCAAGGCUGUGGCUAUGGGACAGGCAAGGCCCUCUUGGGGGUGUUAAUGCUGUGAACCCCUCCAUUGUAGACUCUGGUGGUAAAGGUAAAGGGACCCCUGACCAUUAGGUCCAGUGACGACCGACUCUGGGGUUGCGGCGCCAUCUCGCUUCACAGGCCGAGGGUACAGCUUCCGGGUCAUGUGGCCAGCAUGACUAAGCCGCUUCUGGCGAGCCAGAGCAGCGCAUGGAAAUGCCGUUUACAUUCCCGCCAGAGCAGUACCUAUUUAUCUACUUGUACUUUGACAUGCUUUCAAACUGCUAGGUUGGCAGGAGCAGGGACCGAGCAACGGGAGCUCACCCCGUCGCUGGGAUUCGAACCACUGACCUUCUGAUUGGCAAGUCCUAGGCUCUGUGGUUUAACCCACAGCGCCACCCGCGUCCUAGACUCUGGUGGUAUAUAUGUGUAAAUAAACCAUAUAUCAUAAAACUACCAGAGUCUCUGCUGUGCCUCAUUCCCAAAGGAAACACAGACCCUGUGUGUCUGGAACCCCUGGAUUCUCACACCAAGCAGAGAUUGGGAUGACAUGCAACAAUAUGUAAGAUGGGCAAAAAUAACCUGUAAUGUUUCCUAAAGUGAGAGAUUUCAUUGUUUUUCGCAAAGUUGUCAAUAGUCCCCAGCAAGUAAUGUUUAUCAACUCCUAACCUUUGAUUUUACUCAGAAACAAAUGUUGUAUGGCACUUCUAGGCCUUGUUUCUGAAAGCAACAUACCAAGUAUGUGGCGUCAUACUAGGAGGUGAGGAUGUCUCACGCACUCUCUUAUGACUCUCUUAUGAGCAAGCAAAGUUAGACAUGCAAAUAGUGUCACCUGAGAAAGAUACCAAUAUAGACUAAAGAAAGGAAAUGGUUUUCCAUUUUCUACUUCAGUGGCCAUUAGUUUCCAUUGUGACAUUUAAUAAGAUGUUUGACAGCAGUUCUGCUGAAGCCUUACUUUCUAAGAAAGCUAUCACUAAGGUUUCCAGUAGCCCAACGUAGGCUGAAAUCCACUUUAGAGAAACUGCUUUCAAAGAUGCCAAAAUAAUCUGGGUGGGGCUGAUUUGAAUAGGUGAGGUAGCCUGAGGGAAGGCAAGAAUUUAGUCAGCAUCCUUGAAGGAAGUCAGGAGGCCAAAACACAAACAGGAUAUUUGGGAUGUGGGUGUUUCUCUGUUUUUUUGUGGAACCAAGUAAAAAAGGAGUCGGACCCUUGAAUGAGUGUUUUCCAGAGAUUGCUUUCCUAGGGGAUUUUUAGCACUUCUCUGCAAGAACUCUUUUCUCAGAUGCCUUUCUGUAGAGAAGAGAGGCAUGAGGAGGAGAAGGGUUAAAGACUUAGGUAGAUGUACCACAAAGGCUGCCGGAAAACCUGUGGGAAGCACCCGUUUCCAUCAAGGGAAAGGAUACUUACAGAGAGGGCAGUUCAAAUAUAUAUUUCUUUAGCAUGUAGUUGUUACAAUGACAUUAGGAUUCCUUAAGUUCAUGUCUUGUUUCCAACUUCACCAGACUCUUCUUGGGUGUGAGGAAUGCUACUUAGAAUCAAAGAAUUAUAGAGUUGGAAGGAACCCAAGGGUCAUCUAGUCCAACCCCUUGCAGUACAGGAAUCUCAGCAUCCAUGACAGCUAGCCAUCCAACCUCUGCUUUAAAAAGAGUCCACAACCUUCUGAGGGAAUGAUAAGACCUCGGUUCCUUAUCAUACAAAGCUACCAUUACUUUUCUCUGUGCUCUCCAAUUGUUUCAUUCUUCUGUGCCUCUGUUCCCCUUCAAGAAAAUGUUUUGCCGACUCCAUCCUGCAUGCGUCAAUUAUGAAUGAAUAAGAUAUAACUUUCUAAGACAAAAAAUGACAAGAAAGAGAAGGGAGACUGGAAGAGGGAAUAAGCAGAAUAAAAAACGAGGCACAGAUGUUUCAGAAUAUACACGUGAUCUUGACUACAAGAUCCAGAAGCAGAGAUGUUUCUGGCUCCCAAAGUAGUAGUUAGGUCUUGUCAUCUGCUCCUACUUCUUCUUCUACAGGAAACAGAGAUAUUACUGUUGCAGAGGAGCUGAAAAAUCCUGUUUUUUAUUUCAGAUUAGCUGUUCUUUACUAAGAAGAUCAAACAAUCUGUAAAGGAGGAAUGUAAAAAGGUAGGCACAUCAUCAUGAUAGGCUUCUGUCCUUUUGUACACCCUGCCGCUUGCUGCACACAAAAGAAAGUUAAAUUCUAGUUAGGGGUGCUUUUGUAUCCUCCAUUCCCCCAAGAUAUUCUGAAGGAGAAAGGAUUGUUAUGUUUAUGUACUAGUAGUGUUUCCUCUUGCAAGGUAGAACUCACCAGAUGAAGAAACAUCUGACUUGAGGGACUUCUCUCCUGUAAACAACUGUCCCCCUUCAACAGACCAGUGCACUUCUGUCACUGUUAUUUGGAACAUGGGGCAUGAUCUAUCGUGAAUAUUUUUAGGCAAGCCCCAUCAAAGCUAAUGAGAGUUGCAGUUAAUUCCAUCUCAGUGUGGUUUAUGCAGACGAAGCUUCUGCUGUGGAGUGUCCUGAAUAUUGCAGUUGCAAAGGUGUGGCUGAUCCUGUGACUCUUUCCGAUUUAAUUGGGACUGUCCACAUAGCCUCAGAUGAAGAAUGGUGCUAUGAUUCAUCUAGAGAUGGUAGUUUAUAAAUCUGUUUCAAUUAUGCUGUGCUUAUGGUGGGGUUUUUUUGGUAAAUGAUUACUUAUAAACAGCAUGCAUUUACCCUGAAGGCAGGGUUGGCAGAACCUGCAGCCCUCCAGAUGUUGCUGGACCACAACUCCCAUCUCUGACCAUUGGCCACAUUGGCCGGGGUUGAUGGGAGAUGUAGUCUAGCAGCAGCUGGUGGGCCACAGGUCUCUGCUUAAAGGAGAGCUAAAUGAAGGACAGUGUGCCUUGUUCACUCUGCUACUUGGAUUCCUGUGACUUAUACGCAUAAAUCACUGAAAAUAUUUACAACUUUCAUAGUUGUCCUGCUUGUUUACAUACUGCACAGAGGUGGAUAAGAGCCUUUCAUACAAAUAACACAGUAAGCUGUUAAACAAAGGAACAGCUGUAAGUUCCUGUACUCAGCUGUUUAAUGGUAUUCUCUGCUAGUCAGACUCAUGCCCUUUUACUUUCACUGUGUAUUUGUCAUCUGUCUGCAUGACAGAACAAAAUGACAAAUAUGUGGUCCACAUGAAAAGGGCAGGACAGAAGACUAAAAGGAUGAGGGGAGAGACCAUUGCAAAACCUUCCUGUUUUUCACUUCUGCCUUGUGUCUGUGCACACGCAAGUGAAAGCUGCUAAAGUGUGGCAACUGUGGACUUACUGGACACUUGGCUUACUUAUCCCUCCCCACACCUUAGCGAAAUUAACUCAUAAGGUUUACUUUCUUUACUUAAGGGUGACAUUUCACUAGCCCCCCUAAAACCUGAAUAAUACUCCCCUGUGUUUUAUUUAGCACUUAUGGGAACCUGCAGAACAAUAUGCUGCUUUUCUGGCUGCUGGCUGCACCAAACGAGUUAUUUUCUGCUUGGCAAUUAGUGAAGCAGCAGCAUCCCUCAAAGAAACAGAUGAACAUAUUCAGGCUGAGGUGAGCAGCCCCUGCUCAAUUCUCAUCUAUAUAUCAUCUGAGUGACCCAUGGGGCCCUCAAAAAUGCUUGAAUGAUACAUGUAGGGCUUUCAUUCAGGCCUAUUUUGCUGGAAUAUUGAAGGGGCUUUGGCAACAUUCCCUUGUUUUGCUAAUAUACAAUAAAUCUAUUUCUGAUCCUUCUUUCCCCUUAGGGAACAAAACAUGCCAGCAUCCUUGAGAAAACUUCAGCAAAUGGCUCUUUAUCUGGCAGUUGUGUCUGGUGGAGGAAGUGCUCUUAUGUAUUACUACAUACAAAGUAAGUUUCAUCACAGUUAGCAAGUUAACCCUGAUCCACACGUGCAGCAGAAUGAGAUGGAAGAGCAUUGGGUUGGUAGAAUGCAAGUUGCAAAUCACAUCUUUGAAUUUCCAGCAUGCUAAAAAUUCUGUGAAUAGAAAACCAGUAGUUACUAGAGAAGAACGUUCCUCCCUUCAGUGCUAGUUCUCUGCUUGCAAGGCAACUGUACAUAAAGUAGUCUUCUGAAGUAGUAUCCCUGUCUGUCAUCUUCAGUACAUCUAAAACAGGGGUAAAGGAUCUGUGGCCUUCAGAUGUUGUUGGACUCCAACUCCCAUCAGGUCUAGCCAGCAUGGCCAGUGGGCAGGGGUGUAUGGGGUGGGAGUUGUGGUCCAACAAUAUCUGGAGGGCUGCAGGUUCCCUGCUAUAUAUAAUCAUUAAUAGGAAGGUGUGUGGCCGUGUGGUGGAGUGCAAAGCAACCCAGACGCAAUCCCUGUCGCUUGCAGGAAUGACAGGAAAAACUCCUUUCUGAAAUCUUGGGAGAGCUUCUGCAAACCAGUGUAGACAACACUAAGUUUGUUGGACUAAGGUCUAAUUUGGUAUAAGAUGGUUUCCUAUGUUACUGUUUAGACACAGGGGUGGUAGUGGAAGUAAUAUGACUUGACCCCUUAAACUUUCAAGUCAAUUUUAUGCUCUUUAUACAGUAACAGUGCUAAAAACAAACAAAAGUCUACAACCAUGCGACCUAAAUUUUGUGCCCCAAAUGUUGAGUUCAACUUGUAAAAAUUAAGCAACUUUAUGUAAUUGCUCUUAUUUUGCUUAUUCUGCAAUGUUUACUAUUUUGUAUAAUUUAUUGAAUUUUCCCAUCACUGGGAGCAGCAGACAAUCUUAUGCAGUGUUAAAAUGCUGUUCUUAUCCUCUGGAAAUAUUAUUCAACUACUGGCUUUCAUUUGUGCUUCUGAAAUUUCAACAGUCAUUGACCACACUCUUUCAAGGAAGCAUUCACAGCUAUAACCAGAAACUUGUACUAAAAAAAGGAAAGAAAGCAAACACACUUGAGUGUCACAUUUUACCCCUUUUCUUCAGUAUCUUAGAAAUGUGACAUUACACAGACCUGUCUGUAAAAAUUAUUAGAAAAGACUAAUGCACUUUGUGGCUGGGACUGCUAUUGGCAGUGGGAGGAAUAUAGUCAUGAUUUGUACCAGUAGACUUAUCUUCACCUGCACAAGAGGCUGGUUUUCUCAGACUCCCCAGUGGUUUUUGGAUAACGCUGGCUGUUCCAGGCAUAGCUCCCAGUAUCAAUGUUACUUGUGUAGGCCAUGUACAUACGUUUUAAACAGGCCUUAAACAUUUGGAAUGAGUAAGUAUAACUGCACUCAUCUGUCGCCUUUGAUUAUAUAUUUUGAAAUAACAAGGAAACCUUCAAAUUUAGGUUAUCUGUAGAUAAAAGUAGAAAGGGCACAGUGCUGUGGCCACUGUGGCUUUGGUACCUGUCAAGGCAAUUAGACACCAUUCUGUCUCUGUCUCUGAUUAAUAUUUAUCACUAUUCCGUUUCUGUUUAAUAUGAAUACAAUAACUUAAUUAUGUCUCUUCUCCUUGCUCCAGAGAAUUUUGCCAGAACACAGUACUAUCAGCAGGCUCUUGAGCAGCUUCACAAAGACUCAGCCGCCCUGGAGGCACUUGGUGCUCCUCCUGUUAAAGUAUAUUACAUCAGGCUGACUGACAAGGCCAACUGUGUUGACAUGUCAAGAGCUCAGGUAAUACCAGCUGAAUUAAGACCUGAUGUGAGAGAAGAGAAGCAAUGGGGAGGAGUGCUCUACAUUAUAGCUUGACCACAGGAUUUCUUAGAAUAUGUUUGAAGAUGUUGUCUGCCGUGCCAUCAGCUAUCUCAGCAUAAAAUUAUUAUGCUGCAAUGUUAAUAGGCUAGGAUUCCAUAUACCAUUAGACACCAUUUCAAUCUACACAUUUUCUCAUAACCUAUCUGCUUUAAAUCAGCCUUGUCUAAUAAACAGUAACCACAUCAACUUGGUGCAGAUCUUAUACAUCAGCUUUACUUAAAAGUCUGGAUUUAUCAAAGAAUUUGCCCAGCAGCAGAGAGCUGAAUGUGCAUAUGAUGAAGUAGUGCUUCAGUGCUGGGGACUGGUUUGUAGCCUAGUACCAGAAUAUAUACUUUUCAUGCAAAAUGUCCCAGAUUCAAUCUCCAACAUAAUCUUCUUCUUCUUGUUGUUGAAGCAGGCUUUCUAUUAUUCGAAUAUCUUCUGCAGGUCUUGGGAGAGCUGUGCCAUUUGACUUACAUGGUAUUGGGUUAGACAGGCAGUUUGUAUUAUGCUAAUAUAGUGUCCGCAAAUGGGAAUGAGUACCCUUAGACGGACUCCCUAGUCACACACAAGAAACCACAACUAGCAGUCUAGCAAGAUAAUAACCAAAUUGAGUGCAGAUUGUACUACACGGGGGGGGGGGGGGAGGAUCAGUGGCCCUUCAGAUAUUUCCAGACUACAACUCCCAUCAUCAGUGGUUGUUGCUCAUGUUGGCUGGGGAUGAUGGGAGUUGGGAGUCUUAAUUUCUGGAAGGUCACAGGUCUCCCAAACUGUCCUAAUGGAACAAGCAGAGCUUUCAACAGCUACUAAAAACCUAGAUUGGAUUCGCCCAUUCUUUUGCAGUAAAGACUUAAGCUUAUGUGUGACCUAAUAAGGAAUUAUUUGUAUGAAUGUGCAAAGGAUAAAUGGCUUGUUGUGCUUAGUUAAAUGCCUGGAUGGUUGUCAUCCUGAUAUAAUUUGGAACUUCAAGACAAUGGAUAAUUUAAAUCCUUUUCUGAGUUAUAAGUUAUUAAAUAUGAAUUUUGCUUUGUUUGACUUACUUUUCUGUGUGUGGGUGGGGGAUGUAUUUAACAAAAAAUCAUAAGAAUUUGACUUUUGCAUUUACAGUUAAGGAUACCAGUAUCUGGAACAAAGUCAGCUGGUUAUCUUCAUGUCUGUUCAGAGAAGGACUUCGCCCUUAACAGGUGUGUGCUAGGAGAUUAUUAAGUGCAUCAAGUAUGGACUAAGUGCCAUUUACAAAAAGUUACCUUUGUGAAACAGGUUGCAGUUCUGCCCAUAGAUGCAGUUGCAUUGCCAGUAGACUGAUCUACAUGCAUAAAUUAAGCCAAGGUGUCAGCUGAAUUGCUAUUAGGUGCUUCCACCAAGAUAAUUUCUUCUAUCAAUUUGGAAGCAAAUUCUGGUUGGAAUAAUAUGGUAACGUUACAGUGUUUCAGCCUGGUGCUUCACAGGGCUGGGGCCAAAGAAGCUUGUUCCUCCCUCUGCUUUUCAACAUUGCAAGGUAUCACUAUAUCGCAAUGUUUGACUGGUGAUACAUCACGAUGUUGAAAAGCUGUUAUCGCCCAGCCCUAGUUCCUUAAUGGUAGCAUUUCCCAAGCCUUUUGAUGUCAUUGUGAUGUUAAGAAAAUACUACAUUAGCAAACUUAUUCUAAUUAAAUACUAAUUACUGGAUUUCUUCCCCCAUCUUCUGCGGUUGGAUAGCUGGCGUCUGCAAGAAGUCACACUGCAGCUCCGUAAUGGCCAAAGUGUUCCAGUCUACCUAUCGUCACAGAAGGAUGAUUCUCAGCAGGAGAUGUAA